AUGUGGAAAGUGUUGACUGGAACCGCCGCGAUUUCGGCAAUUCUAGCCAGUUUUUCGACGAUUUUCUGGUCAUUUUCUGUGCUGAAAGAGGCCAAUGAAUUUCGAGCGGAUUUUCAGCGAGAAAUGAUGGAUUGGAAGGUGAGUCUACGUGUUAGAUAUGCAAAAAAUGGGCGGCGCUUAGAGAUUUGCGAAAUUCAAAGUUAACAUUUUCUAGGAAGUCAGCGAUGACACGUGGCAUCAAAUGUUGUCGAUGACGUCAUCAUCGAAAAAAUCGAAUAUUUUGGCGGGUUUCGGAAGAAAUAAGAGAAAUUCGAAAGAUGAUGAGUGUAGUGAGUUUUUGAAUUUUUACCGCAGCCUCCAAAACGCCAAAGUUAAUUUUUGCAGACUGUGCCUUGCCUACCGAAAAUUGUCCACCAGGUCCACCUGGUCCAAAAGGAAACCCAGGUCAACCAGGACAACCUGGUCCUGAUGGAGUUCCUGGCGAAGAUGGUCUCCCAGCUCCCCACCUUCCUACCCAUCUUCUGGACACCAAAAAAUGCAUCGAAUGUCCCGCUGGACCACAAGGUGCACCAGGUCCACCAGGUCCAGUUGGAGCAAAAGGCGAGCCCGGACCAAGUGGUCCACGUGGUCCACUCGGCGAGCAAGGAGAUAGUGGAAAAGUUGGCGAACAAGGGCCUCCGGGUGUCCCAGGAAAUCCGGGACGUUGCGGACAACCGGGAGUCGAUGGGAAACCGGGAACUGUUUAUUAUCCAGGUCAACCUGGAAAGCCUGGACCAACCGGGCUUCGCGGACCACCUGGACCAUCAGGACAACCAGGAAACGAUGGAAAAGACGGAGAGAAGGGGGCGCCGGGAAGCAAGGGAAAUAAUGGACGAGCGGGAAGACGCGGGAAUGACGGAGUUCCCGGAACUCCUGGAAAACGCGGAGAGAAUGGAGAUGAUGCUGGAUAUUGUCCAUGUCCAGCUAGAAAUUGA